AUGUACAGCAACUUAGUCAGAGUGGCAGCUGAUGGCGCCGCUGACAAACUUCGGGAACUAGGCAACGGUUGCUUCAUUCCCGACAUAUUGUGCGGAGAUCUUGAUUCCGUAUCCGCAAGCACUGUUAAAUUUUUAAGAUCAUCGGUAAUCUUGAAGAUCCCUGAUCAAGAUUCGACCGAUUUCACGAAGUGCCUUCGAACGAUUUCGAAUAAAAUUGUAGAAAACAUUGUUGCACUUGGCGGAUUAUGCGGACGUUUCGAUCACGUGAUUGGUUGCCUGAAUUCGCUCUCCAUUAACCUGGAAGAGAAUCCGCAUCUCCGUCUAUUUCUCUUGCACAGCGAAUCGCUUGUCACCUUACUUCCGAAAGGCGAAAAUCACAUUCAUUUGGAUUUGGAAUUGUGUACCGGAAAAUGUGGCCUAGCACCGUUGGGCUUUCCUGUAGAAAACGUUUACACAGAUGGAUUGAAAUGGAAUCUCAGUAAGUCAGUAUAUUUUGAUUCGUGA